CCGACCGGGGGGCAGAACCGAGGCGGCGAGAUGGAGUAAUGGCUUUCCAUUUCCUCUCCCCCGCCUCCUCCCGCCAAGUCCACCAGCACAGCUGCGCACCCACGCAUUUCAAUUUUUCCCCCAAUUAUUUAUCCCUCCGCUGCUCUUCCCCCUUUUCUCACUCCCCACCCAUCUCCGCAUCCCCACGAGCGAGCCCUCCGCCCUCGCCGCCUCGAAUCCCCCGACCCCCGCGCGGCGCGGCCGCGAGGGAGGAGUCGGGAUCCGCAAGGCGACAAGGGCGGAUCGCUGGGAGGCGCGGCGGGAGAUCGUUAGAUCCCUCCCUCGCUCGCGGGCCGCCGCCGGGGGGCGAUGCUGAGGACGAAGACCCCGCGGCCGCGCGGCGGGAAGGCGCGGCCCCGCGCGGGCCCCGCGGCCUCGGCUGUGAAGGCGAAACGCGCGGCGGCGGCCGAGGGGAGCUCGCCGUCCGGGGAGCUCUCGCUGCAGCUGGAGCACGUCUCCCUCAUCUCAUUCCUCUCCGACCGCUGCCCAGGCGCCCCAGCCUCUGGGCUCACGCCCUUCGAGGCGCUCCUGGAGGAGGAGGACGAAGACGGCUCCCGCUUUGACCUGUCCCUGCCGCCGCCUUCGCUUCCUCAGCAGCAGCAGCAGCCGCCGCUGCUGCCGCAGGCCUCGCCGAUGGACGCGGACGAGCCCAUGGAGGAGAAAGACUGCUGCAUCCUCAGCCAGGAUUUCUUCUGCACCCCAGACUACAUCACGCCGGAGAUGCCGCAGGUGACCAAUGAAUUUGAUGAUGAUAAGGAGAACAUCCCUUGCCCCAAAUCUCCGGAGAAGUCAGCGAAUCCUCGAAGCAAGAGGUACAGAACCGAUUGUUCAUCCAAAGGCCUGGAAUCCACAGACUUCUCUUUCGACCAGCAGAUUACUCCAGUCCAGUUUGACAGUCUGAUUCGAGAUGAUUCGGAGGAAGACAAGCUGAUGCAACCUGCAUUGCAUACGAGGGGUGGUUAUGUUUCACAGUCGGCAGUGGCUCUGCGCUGCCGGGUGAUGCCUCCACCAUGCAUCAAGAAUCCGUAUCUGAAUACAGAUCCAUGUAUAGAUGAUCAUGUUUACGGUGGGAGGCAGUGCAACUCAGCAGGGUUUUCUCCUUCAAUUGGUGGCAAUGGUCUUUCACGCUACCGGACUGAUUUUCAUGAAAUUGAGAAAAUUGGUCAUGGGAACUUCAGUGUUGUGUUCAAAGUUCUGAACAGGAUAGAUGGGUGCUUGUAUGCAGUGAAGCGGAGCAUCAAACAAUUGCAUAAUGACAUGGAAAGGAGGCAAGCAGUGAAGGAAGUCCAAGCUAUGGCAGCCUUAGGUUCUCAUGAGAACAUAGUUCGAUAUUUCACCUCUUGGUUUGAGAAUGAGCAACUUUAUAUUCAGAUGGAACUAUGUGAUCGCUGUCUAUCUAUGAAUCGAAACCAGCCACUAAAGUGUGGGGAAGCAUUGGAACUGUUGUGUCAGAUCUGCGAAGGCUUGGAUUUCAUUCAUGAACAUGGCAUAGCACACCUUGACGUGAAGCCUGAUAACAUAUAUUUCAGAAAUGGUAUCUAUAAGCUUGGAGAUUUUGGUUGUGCUACACUUAUUAACCGGAGUUUGGCAAUUGAAGAUGGAGAUUCACGUUAUAUGCCUCCAGAAAUGCUGAAUGAUAAGUAUGAGCAUCUUGACAAGGUUGACAUCUUUUCUCUUGGGGCGGCCAUCUAUGAGCUUAUAAGAGGCACCCCGCUUCCAGAGUCUGGGCCUCACUUUACAAGUCUUAGAGAGGGCAAGAUCACAUUACUUCCAGGGUGCCCAAUGCAGUUUCAGAGUUUAAUUAAGUCCAUGAUGGAUCCUGAUCCGGUGAGGCGGCCUUCAGCAAAGGAGAUCCUGAGACACCCCGCUUUUGAGAAGCUCCGCAAGGUCCCGGCGAAGAAGUAGAAACGCUGCUGUCCCAUCAGAUCCCACCAGCAAGAGAGCAAGUGGGCUCAGCUGCCAUUCGUCAGCUGUUCCCAAAUUUUGUAUAUCUAUCGACAUGACUCUCUGAACAAUUCAACUCGAAUCGGUUUUCUCCCAGUGAUGGCCAACAUGCCUGCCCUGAUCUAAUGUUGUAUAGAUACUUUUGAAACCAAGCGGUGAUCCGAUCUUAACCACUGGAACCUGAGUAGUGCUUGUAAGUUAUGGCUGUGUCAUUUGUUAAGGCUACCAUCCUUUGGUUGCUGAUAUUCUUUUGUCA